UAUACCUAUAUAUAUAUAUAUCUAUAAAUGCAUAUAUAUAUACAGUAGAUCAAGCGUCGAUCGUGUAACAAAGCUUGCGGAGUCUGGGGGCGGCCAUCAAAAUGCAUAUUGAAAUACAAGUGGCGUUGAAUUUUGUCAUUUCGUAUCUGUACAACAAAUUGCCGCGACGUCGUGUGAACAUAUUCGGGGAGGAGCUAGAGAAGGCGUUGCGCGACAAGUUCCAAGGACACUGGUACCCAGAGAAGCCCUUCAAGGGCUCGGCGUACCGCUGUCUCAAAACUGGCGAUCCCAUUGAUUCGGUGCUGGCUCGUGCGGCGCGCGAGAGCGGUGUACCCAUAACCGAUAUACUUGAGAAUUUGCCCAACGAGCUGUCCGUCUGGGUGGAUCCCGGCGAGGUGUCCUAUCGCAUAGGCGAAAAGGGCGCUGUUAAGAUACUCUAUACAGAGAACAAUGAUAAUCCCGAGGAUAGCCAUUCGGCCGAUCGUGAAGUUACCAAAACGUUCAAUCCGGAGGCUCAAUGCUUCCGUCCCAUCGAUGUGGUCAACACGACCAUGAAUAACCUGAGCUUAAGUCCCAAGGCAUUGCCGUUGCCGUUGCCGCUGCCAUUGCCAUUGCCGCUGCCGUUGCCAUUGCCGUCGUCCGGCUCGUCGCCACACUCGGCCGCCUCGAGCGGCUCGCCCACCUACAAGGGCAGCCCGAAUCCCAAUGGCGGCGGCAGCGGCGUUGCCGGUGCCGGUGGUGCUGCUGCUGGCUCCAGCGCUGCCGGAACUCACUCGGGCAGCAGCAGCAGCAAUGCAGCCACAGCCAAUGCUACAGCCACCGGCGGCGGCGGCGCGGGCUUUGUGCAGCGCGCCGCCCAGGCACCGCUCACAUUCACCACGGCCACCUUUGCCCAGACGAAGUUCGGCAGCACCAAACUGAAGACUAGCUCCAAGCGUACCAACAGCAGCUCGUAUCGCAUGUCGCCCACUGAGUUCUCCAACUACAUCAAACAGCGUGCGAUGCAGCAGCAGCUGCACCAUGGCCACACCGUGGGCGGCUCCUCGGCAUCGGCAUUCGGUGGCCUGGAUGCCGUAUCGCCCGCCCGCUCCCUCUCGCCGAAUCCGCUGACCUUGGCCGGCAAUCAGGGCAGUGGACCGAACGUUGCCCCACCAACUGCAGCCGAUCCGUUUUACUAUUCAAACAUUUCGAUGGGCCUGUAUCCGCAAUACAAUGGACAGCGUGGUCUAUACGAGAAUCAUUUUAAUGCGGAUGCGGGCAAUCUGGGACUGUUUGGAGCUGCAGGUGGAACAGCAGCAGCAGCAGCAGCCGCCGCCGCCGCCGCAGCAGCAGCUGCAGCAGUCGUCAACAAUGGGGGAGCCGCUGCAGCUGGCAGCAAUAGCUUCAGUACUUACCUGGACCCAUGUUACUUUAGCAAUGGUCAUGUCAACGUGAAUGCCAAUGCCGCAGGCGCCACUAUGAUCAAUCAACAGCAGCAGCAGCAGCAGCAGCAUCACCUCCACCAACAGCAGCAACAUCAUCUUCUUCAGCAACAGCAUUUGGAGCAUGCCAACAGCAGCGAUAGUUGCUUCGGCCUGGAUACGGAUUGCAGCGUCAUCGUUGGCAUCGAGGAGUCGCCCAAUUCGGCUGUUGGCGUCGCUACUGGCGAAUCGUCCACCGAUAAUAGUCCAAUAGCCACGCCCACAGCUGGCAUUGCCGGCAAUGUGGCCAACAGCGGCAGCGACAGCAACAGCAGCAGCAACAGCAACAGCAACAGCAAUAGCAACAAUAGCAAACUGAUCGAUGGGCUCAGCUCGUUCUAUGGCAGCGGCUCCACCUACCAGCAGCUGCUGGUGGCCAACUAGAAGCAGCUGAAAGCACCGCGACAACAAAUCACCGCAGACGAGAAAUCGACGUUAACCGGAAAUGCAAUAAAAAAUAAUAAAAACAAAAAGACGAUGGCGACAAGUGUUCAAGGCAACAGCAACAGCAACAGCAAAAGCAAACGAAAAAGCAAAAGCAAAAGGAAAAGCAAGCGGCCAAAGUCAUCUUAACUUUAACUAGAUAUAAAUGUUAAACGGGUCAACAGCAGACUGACCCAAUCAUAAAA